AAAGAAUCAACGGGAUUGACUUACACAUAUUCUUCAUUCUCAACUCAUUGACACAAAUGAAUCUUUCCAUCUUUGACAUUCAACUUCUAAAAGAUGAAGUAACGCAGUACUUGUCGCAGGACGACCUCACCCGGUGCGUCUUAGUGUCCAAGGACUGGUUUGGUUGGUUUGCCCCUGUACUUUGGCGCAACGUCCAAAUUGAUGGUGCGUUUGGAUUUGUAGAGAAGAGACUUGCUGGCUUGAAACGCCAUAGUGACAAUGUCCAGACCCUCAUUAUCCUCGAAAAGCAAGCAACAAUGCAUCAACACAUACCGCUCCACAACUUGAAAUCGUUCAUAUUCUAUCCCGACUUGGCAUCCUCGUUCGAAGAAAGCUACUUUCUUCAAUACAUCCAGACCAUACCAUCUCUCCAAACCUUGACGCUGACAAUCUCACUUGCAAGAACAUGGACGCAAACCCAACUCUUUGAAACAUUAGAGAGAUUACCACGACUGAAGGAACUGAACCUAACCUGUUACCAAAUCACUCAUCCGAUCGUGAUCCAGCAAUUGAUCCAGAGAUGUAGGCAGUAUGACAUUCUUCGAUUGAGUCUUGGAGGCGGCGGAGGUCUAUUACUAGACACACAACAAGCGAAUCUGGAGGCACAAGCAAAGGCCUUCAUGGAGUAUAUGCAGGAGAACCAAAUACGUGAACUCAGUAUACGGUUGCCCUUACCACAUCAUGAAGAUUUGAUCCUUAUUCCAUUGCUGAAGAGGUGUCCAAUGCUGGAAAGAUUAGACUUACAAUGGCUGCAUCACAAAGAGUCCCUACAGCAUAUCGUGGGUAUCUUGGAAACUAGAAGAUGCUCGCACUUAAGACAUGUGCGUAUUGGUGGAGGGACUGUUUGGAAUUCUGAUGACCCAAUUGCAGGAUUGUUUCGUGCUCUCAGACGUUUCGAGCAUACAAAAGCCAAUAGCCAUAAUAUUAAUGAAAUGAAGAGCAGACUUCAGGCUACCGCAAAUGAAUACCAUGAUGAAGCCGGAAGUACUCUCGCCAGUGUUGGCCUCAAGUCAUUUAUCGUGGAUGCGACAGUACCAUUUGGACAUGAAUGCGUACUAGCACUAACGCAGUAUCAUGCAUUAACCUUGACAGUUUUAGACUUAAUGAGCCUCCGUCAACUGCCCGUCCAGUUCUUUGUUGGUCUUGUCAGCAGUCUCCCAAAGCUCCGGUCUCUCAUGGUUGCAGUGUGGAUAAAGUUUAUAGCUGAUGAUGAGUUACUGGGCCCAGAGUCCAUGUUUAUGACUUCGUGGGCAUGCCUAGAGCUCCGGUACUUGGAACUGGGUAUCGUAAUGUCACCAGAAGUGACCUCUGGUAACACUCAUCAAUCAGGGGAUGGUAGCCUAGCAGACCAACACUUGAGUUACAUAUUCUCGCAGCUUGGGCGGUUAGAGGGCCUAAAGGAUUGGAAGCUUGCCUCCUCAAUUAAUCUCCUCACAUUGGAAAAAGGUUACUUACGAUGGCUACCUAGGCUCAAACAAUUGCGAAGUCUCGACCUCAGGAGAUACUCUUUCCUUGAGAUAGGCGCUGCAGAAGCAAGAUGGAUGAUCGACAAUUGGACGUCUCUUGUGCAUUUAGACUUCAAUUAUCUGAAGGGUGUACAUCGAGGGCUUGAGGGUGGGCCUCUUCCCGAAGAUGCAAGCCAAUUACUGUUGACUAGGCGACCUUGGAUGACUAUUAGAUAGAAAAGACAGAAAUAACAUUUGACAAUGCAAUAAUUUGAG